AUGUCAACACAGAAGCAGAAACCAACGAAUACACCUUCAAUUUUACUCCAAGAACAGGAAAAUGAGAUUCUGUUUCAAACAAUGGGGAGAUUUUGUACCACUCUGGCCACUGGUGUUGUUCAGUUAUUCCUGGCAGACCAAGGAGAUCGUAACCGAUGGAGCAAACGCUGCUGUGGUGUGGCAUGUUUUGUGAAAGACAAUUCCAAAAGAUCUUUUUAUAUCAGAAUUUAUGACAUAAAGAAGCAGCAGAUGAUCUGGGAACAGGAGCUGUACAAUCAGUUUGUUUACAAAACUCCACGAGAGUAUUUUCAUACUUUUGAAGCCGAGAAUUACCAGGCGGCGUUAAAUUUUGCUAGUGAGGACGAAGCCUUAAAAUUUAAGAAAACAGUGGAAGGGAAACUGCAGGAGCGGAGUAAAAAACGUCAAGAGCGCAAGAAGACUACAACCCCAAAGCAGGGAGGGAGACCAGUGGGUGCUGCUCCUCAGCGGUCACCUCAGCAAAGCGCUCCAUCGGCCCAGCCGGUAACACACAGUGUGGAUCUCGGACGCAAUAACAACUUGAAUACUAGCACAGGGUCCCUGAAGAAAGACAAGAAGAAAGAUGCGAAGAAGAAACUCACUAAAGCAGAUAUCGGAACUCCUUCAGACUUUAGGCAUGUCAGCCAUGUUGGUUGGGAUCCAGACAAAGGCUUUGAUAUGAACAAUUUGGAUCAGGAUAUGCAGCGGCUGUUCCAGUCUGUUGGUAUAAAGCCGGAGGAUAAAGUAGACAAGGAAGUUGUCGACUUCAUCUAUGAUUUUGUGGAAAAGCAUGGAGGCAUUGAAGCUGUUAAGAAAGAGUUUGGACCUGGAAGUGCAAAGGCAAUGCCUCCCCCACCACCACCAGCAAACAGAGGCAACGCAGCAGCUGUCCCACCCCCUCCGCCAUCACGCGUUGUUGCCCCGCCUGUAUCUCGUGCGGCGGUGCCACCACCUCCGCCUCCAUCUCGUGGGCCACCAAUGGCUCCUCGAGGAGUAGCUCCGCCUCCACCAUCAAGAGUCAUGCCUCCACCGCCAUCUAGAACACCUGCCAUGGCACCACCGCCUCCACCUUCCUCCAUGCCUACUCCACCACCUCCUCCUCCUCCUCCUGCAGCAUCUGCUGCAUCACCGCCGCCGCCACCACCACCUUCUGGGCCUGCGGCGCCACCUCCCCCGCCUCCACCACCACUACCUGCUGAUUUAUCCGGAGGUGGUGAACGUGAUUCCCGUGAUUCACUCAUGGACGCCAUCAG